UUUAUCAUUUGUGAUUUUUGCGUUAAGUUAAACGAUUUUUUUCUCUGCGCUUUUUUUCAAAAACUUUUUUUUUUGUUUCUUUAUUCAUCAAUCGUCCUCGAUUUCAAUCUAUUGCGUCGCAAUUUUAUUCAUUUGGAUUUUGACGAAUAUAAUUUUGUUUUUUAAUAAUAAAUUCUUUGAAGAAUCUCAAUCAAUCAAUCAUGCAAAUCUUCGUAAAAACAUUGACUGGUAAAACCAUCACUUUGGAAGUCGAACCAUCGGACACCAUCGAAAAUGUUAAAGCCAAAAUUCAAGAUAAAGAAGGCAUUCCACCAGAUCAGCAACGAUUGAUCUUUGCUGGUAAACAAUUGGAAGAUGGUCGUACUUGUCCGAUUAUAAUAUUCAAAAGGAAUCAACAUUGCAUUUGGUAUUGCGUCUACGUGGCGGUAUGCAAAUUUUCGUAAAAACUGACUGGCAAAACCAUUACUUUGGAAGUCGAACCAUCGGACACUAUCGAAAAUGUGAAAGCUAAAAUCCAGGAUAAAGAAGGUAUUCCACCAGAUCAGCAACGAUUGAUCUUUGCUGGUAAACAACUCGAAGAUGGCCGAACAUUGUCGGAUUAUAAUAUACAAAAAGAAUCCACCUUACAUUUGGUAUUGCGUUUACGUGGUGGAAUGCAAAUUUUUGUGAAAACCUUGACUGGUAAAACCAUCACAUUGGAAGUUGAACCAUCAGAUACAAUUGAAAAUGUGAAAGCCAAAAUCCAAGAUAAAGAAGGCAUCCCACCAGAUCAGCAACGUUUGAUUUUUGCAGGUAAACAGUUGGAAGAUGGUCGCACCCUAUCGGAUUACAACAUUCAAAAAGAAUCUACACUUCAUCUCGUAUUACGAUUACGUGGUGGUAUGCAGAUUUUUGUCAAAACUUUGACUGGUAAAACCAUUACAUUGGAAGUGGAACCCUCGGAUACCAUUGAAAAUGUCAAGGCUAAAAUCCAAGACAAAGAAGGAAUUCCACCAGACCAGCAACGUUUGAUUUUCGCUGGCAAACAGCUUGAAGAUGGCCGAACAUUGUCGGAUUACAACAUUCAAAAAGAAUCGACACUUCAUCUCGUAUUGCGAUUACGUGGUGGUAUGCAAAUUUUCGUGAAAACAUUGACUGGUAAAACCAUCACAUUAGACGUUGAACCAUCUGAUACAAUCGAAAAUGUGAAGGCAAAAAUUCAGGAUAAAGAGGGAAUUCCACCAGACCAGCAACGUUUGAUCUUUGCCGGUAAACAAUUAGAAGAUGGUCGUACAUUAUCGGAUUAAACAUCCAAAAAGAGUCAACUUUGCAUUUGGUAUUGCGUCUACGUGGUGGUAUGCAAAUUUUCGUCAAAACUCUUACCGGUAAAACUAUUACAUUAAGUCGAGCCAUCUGAUACGAUCGAAAAUGUAAAAGCCAAAAUCCAGGACAAAGAGGGAAUUCCCCCAGAUCAGCAACGAUUGAUCUUUGCCGGAAAGCAAUUGGAAGAUGGAAGAACUUUGUCCGAUUACAACAUUCAAAAGGAAUCGACAUUGCAUUUGGUUUUACGUCUCCGUGGUGGUAUGCAAAUUUUCGUCAAGACCCUAACUGGUAAAACGAUCACUUUGGAAGUCGAGCCAUCGGAUACAAUCGAAAAUGUAAAAGCCAAGAUUCAAGAUAAGGAAGGUAUUCCACCAGAUCAGCAACGUUUGAUUUUCGCUGGUAAACAAUUGGAAGAUGGCCGUACCUUAUCCGAUUACAAUAUUCAAAAAGAAUCCACCUUACAUUUGGUGCUUCGUCUCCGUGGUGGAAUGCAAAUUUUCGUAAAAACAUUGACCGGUAAAACCAUCACCUUGGAAGUGGAACCAUCGGAUACUAUCGAAAAUGUCAAAGCAAAAAUCCAAGACAAAGAAGGUAUUCCACCAGAUCAGCAGCGUUUGAUCUUUGCCGGAAAACAAUUGGAAGAUGGUCGAACAUUGUCCGAUUAUAACAUCCAAAAAGAAUCGACAUUACAUUUGGUAUUGCGACUUCGUGGUGGAAACUAAACAAGAUGUAACAGCAUUGUCCUGUUGAUUAAUGCCGCAUAUUCCACUUUCAUAACAUGAUUAAAAAUAUAAUUCAAAAUUAGUUUUAGAGCAGAUGAAAAAAAAUUUGUAGUAGUCAUUAUUUGUUGUGUGUAAUUCCUUUUUUAAGCAUAUUCGAUUCAAUAAAAGACCAAAAAUUGAAUUU